CCACAUCAUCACACUGUCUAGUAGUACGUACAUGUAUUAAACACGUCCGUAUUAUAUGUACGUAGACAGACACUGCGAACUCGCUGAGGAUCAAGUUCUAAGCAACAUUAAACUGCAAAAUGAGUAAUGUACAGGUUGCAGUGAGAGUAAGACCUCUAAACAGGAGGGAGAUCGACAACCAGUCAGCUAUUGUGGUGGAAAUGAAGGACAAGUCUACUACCCUGUUUAAGACGGUGGACGGCGUGGUAGUUGGGGAAACCAGAGAUGACUCUAAGGAGUUCAAGUAUGACCACUCUUUCUGGUCAGUGGACGACAAGGACACCCACUUCAUCACUCAAGAACAGGUGUACCACAACCUUGGCAAGUCUGUAUUGGAGUCUGCAUUCCAAGGCUACAAUGCGUGUAUGUUUGCAUAUGGACAAACUGGAUCAGGCAAGACUUUCACCAUGAUGGGCUCAGAGGAAUUGCCUGGGCUGAUUCCAAGAAUUUGUCAGAACCUAUUUGCGAGAACAGAAGCUGGUCAUAAAAAGAAGGUAUCGUAUCGAGUGGAGGCCAGUUAUAUGGAGAUCUACAAUGAGAGGGUGCAUGACCUCCUGGAAACUAGCGUGGGUGGUCCACAGCAGCACAAUCUCAAGGUCAGGGAGCACCCAAAGGAUGGACCAUAUGUUGAAAGUCUCAGCAAACAUCUAGUGUCUGACUAUGAAGCAAUUCAGUCCUUAAUGAGGAGGGGUAAUGCACACAGGGCUACAGCUGCCACCAAGAUGAAUGAUGUUAGCAGCAGGUCCCAUGCUAUCUUCACACUAGUCUUCACUCAGGCCGUUUACAGCUCGGACCUCCCUUGUGAAACUGUCAGCAAGAUCCAUCUAGUAGACCUAGCUGGAAGCGAGCGUGUCAGUGCUACAGGUGCUGAGGGUCUCAGACUCAAAGAGGGUGGAAACAUCAACAAAUCUCUUGCUUGUCUUGGAAAUGUCAUUUCUGCAUUAGCUGAUAUGUCCAGUGGGUCAAGUCGGCAGAAGAAGAACCCAUAUGUUCCCUACAGAGACUCAAUACUCACUUGGUUGCUCAAGGAUAGCCUGGGAGGGAACUCAAAGACCAUUAUGAUUGCCACUAUUUCUCCUGCUGAGAUCUGCUAUGGGGAGAGUUUGAGCACACUUCGUUAUGCAAGCAGAGCUAAAAACAUCGUCAACAAACCUGUUGUUAAUGAGGACGUCAAUGUAAGACUGAUCAGAGAGUUGAGAGCUGAGAUCAAGCGGCUGAAAAAAGUUAUCUCAUCAGGGAACUUUGAGGAGACUCGCGAGAGAAGUGGGAGUGACCUGUUGACUGAGUCCAUACACAAAAAAGAGGAGCAGGUAGCUGUGUUGACCAAGUCAUGGGCUGGCAAGUGGGACGGCAUGAGUCAGAUAAUGGAGGAGAACCUACAGCUGCACACUGAGGGUGUCAAGACAACUGUAGCUACUGAGAGACCUCACUUCCUAGCACUGGAUGAAUUGUCAGCAAUGGGGUUCUUUAUCUAUCAGCUGCAGGAAGGAGAAACAACUAUUGGAUCAAAAGAGUGUACAACACUCCGUGACAUCGUGUUGAGUUCCACUGACAUCCAGCCACAUCACUGUGUGGUCAGCUGCAAUGAUCAGAGGGUGGAUCUCACUAGACAGGAUGGACACUGCUAUGUCAACACACAGGAGGUGGCGGACAAGCGGCAGCUAUUUCAUGGUGACAUUGUUCAGUUUGGUCAGUCGACUAUGUUUCGUUUCAACAAUCUUUCUCAGGCCCCGGUAGUAGAUGCUAUGAUAAAGUCUUCUACGUUAAACCUAUCAACUUUAAGCAAAGAAUCAGAACGGGAGAGACUGGAGAAAGAAUACUCAGAAAGAAUGGACACGCUUAGAGAAGAAUUAAUGAGAAAAAACGAGGAAGAGAAAGCUGCCCUCUAUGAGCAAUUGGACCAGCUUAAGCAGCAGCAAACCAGUAGAAGCAGUGAUACCUCCACUUUAUCAGUCACUGACAUUGAUGGAUACAACAUGAUGCAAAGCAUAGGGAUGGACGUUUCUAAGCGUGUGGUAGUGGGAGAGGAGGAGAAAGAUGUCCUUAGUUACCAACGAAUUGGCGAUGAAGAAGAUGAAGUGUUUGAGAAGGGAACAAGUACUCCAAUCAUCAACGCUUUUAAAUCUGAAGGUCUCCAGCCGGGAUCAAGCUACACUGACACUUUCAUCAACAUUCAUACUGAGAAAGAGAAAGCAAAAGGGUUACCUGAACAAUCUCUAUACAGCUUGAACGUCUCAAGUGCUAGUGGGGUUAAGUCUGAUGAUGAGCUUGAUUUUGGCUCUGAGAACAGUGCUGAAGAAAUGAAUUCUCCUGGAGCCACUGGUGGUGUCUUUGUGCCUACAGCUGUAGUUGAUGAGAGAAAUGUUUUUGUUGAUGAUAGUGAAAAGGAUGAACUUAAGCGAAAAGUGGGUGAACUGGAGUUUGAAUUGCAAAAGAAAGAUUUCGAACGGAGUGUUCGAAGGAGAUCUCACGCAUUUGGAGAGUUUGAUUCCCCCAAGAUUCCACGUAACUGCUUCAAGAGAGGCCGUUCAAGUUCAAUGCGGUCACUUUCAACAGCACUCAUCAUUGACAUCCCAGAUGUCGCCUUGAGGGGAAAUGGAUUUGGAUCGUAUCAUGUCUUCAUUGUUAAGAUUGAGCUAGGUAAAGAAAAUUGGGAGAUUUUCAGAUCAUACAACCAGUUCAGCGGACUUCAUGAUACCCUUAAAUCAAAGUAUCCUGAGCUUUCGAGUUUAAAGCUUCCUCCAUCAAAGUGGAUAGGAGCGAAGAAACCAGCUUUUGUUGAGCAAAGACGGAAAGAGUUGAAGGUGUACCUUCAAUCCUUGUUGGCUAUCUGCAUGAACCUCGCAGAAUGUCCACUAUACGACCCAGUGGGCAGACGAUUAUCGAAAAGAAGACUAUUAAAACUUAACCCUUUUUUUGACGAUGGAUCAUAUAUUAUAUUAUGACCAAUAAUAUUCUUGUUUGUUUAUAUACUUUGUUCACGCAUGAUACUUUGCUGUAAUUGUACAACCAACCAUUUUUGUAUUAAUUACCACAUUACUUUUA